AUGAAUACCAGAAGCAUCUCGGUGAUUUUGGUUGCCUGCCUCGUAAGGGCUCUUCUAAUUGAAAGCACUGAAGCUUGGAGAAAACGAUGUCGGUGUGCAAAGUUUUGUUUCAAGUGGGAGAAAAUGAGGGGUUGGUGUGGAAAAUGGCAAAGAAAGGUGGUCUGCUGUAGGGAUGGGGCUGGGGAUACGGAGGAUACGGCGGUGGAUACGGUUUGUGGAGGAUACGGAGGCUGGGGUGGUUAUGGAGGAUACGGAGGCUGGGGUGGUUAUGGAGGAUACGGAGGCUGGGGAGGUUACGGAGGCUGGGAUGGUAAUGGAGGUUACGGAGGCUGGGGAGGAUAUUACGGAAAGAAAUACUAA